AACCAGUCUAGCUCAACCAGAUUCGGUCCAAUCUUUAAAACAUUGAUCUCAAGCUCAAAUUUUUUUUUAAAUCCAUCGAUUGAGAAGUUUUCUGAACCGUGAAAGAGCAACAACUGGUACUCCUAAGAAGCAUACUCUUCUUUAUUACUUCAAAAUAUCUGUCGUACCUGUAACAUAUGCUAUUCAUACACCCUGGGAUAAUUUUUGUACAAAAACAGUUUUCAUUGUUGGCUUUUAGUGUCUCUGCACUGAUCAACAUGAGUGUGGAUCUAAAGAAAACUGCCUCUAACGGCCAUGAGAAAAUCUUGAUAUCACAAGAACAGCAGGCACAGAUCAAUGAGGUUAGAAGGUUAAUAGGGCCACUGUCCGGCAAGGCACCAAUUUAUUGUUCUGAUGCAUCCAUCUCAAGGUAUUUAAGGGCACGAAACUGGAAUGUCAAGAAGGCAGCUAAAAUGUUGAAGCAGACCCUAAAAUGGAGAGAAGAAUACAAGCCAGAAGAGAUCCGCUGGGAAGAUGUUGCUCAUGAAGCAGAGACGGGGAAGAUCUAUAGAUCAAGUUAUACCGACAAGCAUGGGAGAACAGUCCUUGUUAUGAGACCUGGUCGCCAGAACUCGAAGUCAACAAAAGGACAGAUUAAGUAUUUGGUAUACUGCAUGGAGAAUGCUAUUUUGAAUCUUCCGCCAGAACAGGAACAGAUGGUCUGGCUGAUUGAUUUUCAGGGAUUCAAUUUGUCAAAUAUAUCAGUCAAGGUGACACGUGAAACUGCCCAUGUAUUACAAGAACAUUAUCCGGAACGACUGGGUCUGGCAAUACUGUACAAUCCACCUAAGUUCUUCGAACCAUUCUUCACGAUGGUAAAGCCCAUAUUAGAGCCUAAGACCUAUAAUAAAGUCAAGUUCGGUUACUCUGACGACCAGAACACUAAAAAGAUUAUGGAGGAUUUGUUUGAUUUGGAUCGUGUUGAAACUGCAUUCGGUGGGAAAGAUGAUACAGGAUUUGACAUUAGCAGAUAUGCUGAGAAAAUGAAAGAGGAUGACAAGAAGAUUCCCUCUUUCUGGACAAGGGAAAACUCUCCAUCAUCAGUCCCAAACAAUGUUCCUUCUUUAGAUUCCAUUAGGUUAGACGCCGAUUCUGAUGCUUCUGACAAUGAGAAAAUAGACGGUUCACCCGAACCUGGGAUGGAUCCGGAGAUCAUUAACCCUGAUCAGAAUAGCUUGGUUAAUCAAGGGGAUAGAAAUGCUAGUGCGGAUAUGCAUUAGAGUGAGAAAUUACGUACCUGAGUUCCUUUUUUCACGAGUGCAUAGUUAACUGUAAUGUAACAGGAUGCUGUGACAUUCUUGUUUGAAAUUUAGAAUCAAGAGACUUUUUGUUAACUAAAUGUUGAUUUACAGAUGAUUUUACCUUGAGGAUUGAAGCUUCUGACCGAUAGAACGGGAAUGGAAUGCUUGCUUUGGCAUCAACUAGUCUUUUGCUUCUCGUGA